AUUUUGGAUAACCUCAUUUUUUUUUCUUUAUACUGUGAAGAUUUAUGUUAUAAAAACACACUUAGCUCCUCUGAUGACUCCAAAAGUCCACACAGUCUCUGCACCAGUCAGAUUUGAUGGUGCACGUCAUCAGAAGUUGGAUUUUCCUUUUUUUUUCCUUCCUUCCUUGCCAGUAGUACAAGUGGUUAAGCUGCUGGUUUGUUGGAGCACAUUGCAAACGUUGUGCAGAGGGGCGAGGAAGCACCUGCUUCCAACAAGGAGGUGGAGAAAAUGCUCUCAUGAAAACGUCCAACUGCAGUGGUUGGCACUGACACUUGUGCAGGAGGUUGGAUUGCUCUGAGAUUAUGCACAGGUUAUUGUGAUAAUCUUGUUGGGAAACGAUGGUUUGCGGUUUUCCUUUUUUUUUUUUCUUUUUUUUUUUGUUUCCAGAAGAGGUGUGACCAAAAACCAGGCAGUAUAAAUUAUGGAUUCCCUUUGUGGUGGAGUGGUUGUUACAGUUUAUGAUAAAUGUAGCUUUUCGGCUUUCUGUCAGCUGCCAUUUGUGUUUUAACAAUGAUGGUCUUUGCUUCUGCAUCUGUGUCGCAUUUUAAUGCACCACAAACUGUUGCCAGAGUUUCCUGCCCCUGGGUAGGCUAUGUGGUUUUAUCAGAGAGCCUCGGACCGAAAUCAGGAGCGCAGGAGCUAUGAGAAGAUACUUCUGGACUUGGAUUUGAGAAUAGAUACAGCUUUCUGAGAGGGCAGUGACAGAAACGUACAGACAGCGGCAUCAUCGGUAGUAAAAGUUGGAUUGAAAGUACACAUUCAAUAAGGAAACUGAUGCGCGUAAGAAGGGAUGCCAGCCAGGCGUGGCUUGUGUUUGAAUAUCCAAUGUGAGAAUGCGUGGGGAGUAUGUAUAUAAUAGAGUCUUUCCAUCUGAUAAACAGAGAUAUCAAACUGGUGAUUAUAGCAAAGGACGAUCAAUAAACUGAGAGGACUCCGCUUGAUUUGGAGGAGCACGGCGCGCUGGGUACGCUUUGUGCGUGCAUGGACCGGACUUCUGUAAACUUUUUUCCCCUCCUUGAGUCACCGUAGCCUACAUUUUAAAUGCCUUCGCUUAAUUUGACAGCUGUGCACACAAUGGCAGAGGUCGGGAGUUUUCUGGGGGCACUCGACUUGGAUUUACAAAGCUUUCCUGCACUCGGGAAUAUGCCCUUACCGGAGUCUCCUGUAGGGUUGAAUGAGCGGCUGGGGCAGAUUGAAGGGAGGCUGCAGCGGGGGUCGCCGACGGAUUUCGGGCACCUCAAAGGGAUCCUGAGGCGGCGGCAGCUCUACUGCAGGACCGGCUUUCAGCUGGAGAUAUUCCCCAAUGGGACUGUGUAUGGGACAAGACAGGACCACAGCAGAUUUGGUAUCCUGGAGUUCAUCAGUCUGGCAGUUGGUCUGGUCAGCAUCAGGGGGGUGGACGCUGGACUCUACCUCGGCAUGAAUGAGAAAGGAGAGCUCUAUGGGUCGAAGAAGCUGACAGCAGAAUGCGUGUUCAGGGAGCAGUUUGAGGAGAACUGGUACAACACCUACGCUUCAACUCUGUACAAGCACACAGACACGGGACGCUUCUACUACGUGGCCUUAAACAAGGACGGCUCGCCCAGGGAGGGCGGCAGGACUAAAAAACACCAGAAACUCACUCACUUCUUACCCAGACCAGUGGAGAUUGAAAAGAUCCCUCAGGCAUACAGGGACCUUUUCCAGUACAGGUGACCAGUGCUUAUACUUGGAGAACUGGCUAGAAGAGAAAAGAAAAGAAAAGAAAAGAAAAGAAAAGAAAGAAAAAAGAAAAGAAAAGAAAAGAAAAGAAAAGAGGAAGCGGGUUGUGGAUAUUUGGGACCUGGUUCAGAACUGUUUACCCUCAGCUUCCCCUGAGGUCACUGUGUUUGCGCCUUGGCUCACUACCAAGCACGUACAGCACUGAAAUAAACAUUGUGCAUGUUCCUGGUUGUCGCUUCAUUGCCUCUGCAGUGGACUUCAGAGAGGAGAGGAAAGUUAUCCUGUAAAACCACUGUGGACAUGGAGAGAGGAGGCCGGACUCCUCAGGCCCGAAUGACUGCCCAGCUGUUGGGGUGAUCAAAUCAGGUGCCAUGUUUUCUCAAUAACCACUUUUUUUUUUUUUUAGAGGUAAAUGCGUAGAUACCGAAGCGACACGCAAUGACAGAUGGAGUCAUGGCCCUUGGCGGUUUUGAGUAGCACUACGCUGGUGGAAAAAAAACAAAAGAAUGGUUGCCUAUGAGACCACCAAGAGACUUUUAGGGGCGCCAAAUGACGGAAAGCACUGCAGACAGUCAUGGUAAUGUAAGAGAGGAGACACAUUCCACACACAGAGAAAGAUAGGAGAAGAAGAAGGGUCAGGAAGACACAGACUACGUGGUACAUGCAUGUUAAGUGACAGUUUGAGAUAGUCAGGUACUGAAGAGUUUGUAAGAAGAAUGUCUGUUGAGUUAGAGAGCUGGACUUUUAUUAAGUCGUCUUUAAAAUCAAAGAUGAAAAGAGGGGGAUCGGAUCUCUAUGAUGAAUGUGGGAUUUUUGAAAGAGCACUUACUGCACAUCCCCAGUCCCAGCUGUGGGCUCACUUAGUCUCCUGUGUAAUCAUCUAAUGAGUCUAAUGAUCACAUUCAUCACUUUUAAAUAAAAUAUCAAGCAGUCGUGUAGGAAUUGCAUGCAAAACAAGUGAUAAAGCUCGGGACAAAAGCACUUCUCUGACUGUGGUUGUAAAGAAUAAGUGAUGGGUUUUUUUUAAAAAAAGGACGGUGACUUGUAAUGUUCAGAGUGUCAGGAACAUUAUUAAAAAUGCAAGCAGCUGAGGUGUACAUAUGGGUGAUCCUAUUUAUGAGAUGUACAAUAUAUUUAUUUUCUACAUAUAAAGUAUAAAUAUAAAUCUAUAUAUUUAUUUAUUGCAAAGAAUUUAUUUUGUAAUGAACUUGAAGUUAUCUGAACUGUAGAUUCUACUGAAAUUACACCAAAAAACAAACAAAAAAAUAUGAAGAACUGCAAUGAACAUGACAAUAAAAUUGUCCUGCUAUCGAGAACUCAUUGUGAGAGACUAUUUUUGCUUGGAUAAAAUUCUGA